AUGGGCAGCAGCUGAUCGCUGUAAGGCUCAAUCUCUCUUAAACCGAUGGAGGUACAUCGACAUCUUUCCCCUCCCUCCACAGAAGAAGCUCCAGCCUGGACUAAUGCCUCCUCCUCCGUGAUUCCCAACCAAACCUUCCCUCCUCCGUUUCUCCUUCUGACAGAGAACUGGACCAACAGCCGAACUCCAGAUUAUGCGCCAGGAGUCGCCGGGAUCCUCAUCCCUCUCAUCUACAUCACCGUCUGCAUCGUGGGUCUGAUCGGAAACACUCUGGUCAUCCACAUCGUGCUGCGAUAUUCCCAGGCGGAAUCGGUGACCAAUAUCUACAUUCUGAAUUUGGCCAUCGCAGAUGAGCUCUUCAUGCUGGGCCUGCCGUUCCUCGCCGUUCAGAACGGCCUGCUCUCAUGGCCCUUCGGAUCACUGAUGUGUCGCCUGGUCAUGACUGUAGACGCCAUUAACCAGUUCACCAGCAUCUUCUGUCUGACGGUGAUGAGUAUCGACCGCUAUCUGGCCGUGGUGCAUCCACUCCAGUCCUCUAGGUGGCGCCAGCCGCGUGUGGCCAAGACGGUGAAUGCUACAGUAUGGGGGGUCUCUUUUGUAGUGGUUUUACCUGUGGUUGUGUUCGCUGGAGUUCUGCAGGACGAUGGGAACUGCAGCAUUGUGUGGCCCGAGCCGGCAGAGGUUUGGAAAGCGGCGUUCAUUGUAUAUACCGCGACUGUUGGGUUCUUCGGUCCUCUAGCGGUCAUCUGUCUCUGCUACCUACUGAUCGUGGUGAAGGUGCGCAGCUCUGGACGAAGAGUCCGCGCCACAUCGAUCCGCCGCCGGAAGUCUGAGCGCAAGAUCACACGAAUGGUGGUGAUCGUCGUGGCCGUGUUCGUCUUCUGCUGGCUGCCGUUCUACAUCUUAAACAUCGUGAAUCUGCUGGUUCUCUUGCCGGGAGAGUUCAGAGGGCUCUAUUACUUCGUUGUGGUUCUUUCGUACGCAAACAGUUGCGCCAAUCCCAUUCUGUACGGGUUUCUCUCUGAUAACUUUAAAAGAGGUUUCCGGAAAGCUUUGUGUAGAUCCUCCAGGCGUGUGGAAAACCAGGAUCAGCUGCAGGGAACAGGAAUGGUUGCGUUACCGCUAGAGGAGAUACGAAGAGAGCAUCUGAAGGGGAGCGAAGCAGAAGAACACGAAGCAGACCGAGAGAUGACGAAACUCCAGAACGGGCGUCAUGAGGACGGCGCUGCGGGAGGAACGGAUGGCUCCAUCAGCCCGACCUCUGACCCCACAGCUGUCCGUAAUGGAGCACACCGGACACACAAACACCUGCCGGAAAACAGUGAUGACAAACGCUCGGUCCUGGAGAUCAGCUGUUUGUAAAGUGAAAUGUGAAUGUUCAUUUAUGACUAUUAAAUGCACCAUCAAUUUAACCCUGCCAGCUGUGAUCAAUCAGAAAAUAUGACCUUUGCUCCUGUUCUUUAUUUGUAUGUCCAUCUGUGAUGAAACUGAUUGUGUUUGUAUGUGCACCAAUAAUGUGAUUCCCAGUAA